UUAGCGACGCAACCGCCAGCUGUACUACACUCUUUGGCAUACACCCGUUAAGGCAAACUACGUCGUCGCAGGCCUAGUUAGCCCCUUGGAAAGUCUCGGCAUUUGCAUUAUACUUUUUGCGGAAAGAUUAAAGCACAUGGUUCCCAACCGGGUUUCCGGCCUUCGUAGGAAACACGGCGAUCUCGCCUAUGACAUGAGCUGGUGACAAGUUGUAAUAGCAUACAAGGAAGGCAAGCCACAUGGCGGUAGCGUCUGCCAUUUGAGCCAGGCGCCACGCCUGCCUUGACAUCUUCCCAAACUUACCCUUCGCGGAGCCCAUUUUGCUUUUAUACAUUCACUCAUGGACAAGGUCCUAUCUCAACAUAUUGCUGCGAAUAAGUUAAAAGCAGCUGCGCUUUUGCUGGAGAGGCGCUCAGCCAGACGAAAAAAUGAAGAGGAGGAGCCCCCGCCACAGUUCACAAUUGACACCUUUGAGUUGGAUUCCGCACUGCAGAAGGGAAUGGAGAAGUUGGGCUACCUCCGCUUUGUCCAAGUUCUUACGCAGGAACACAUGGUGCGAGAGUCCACGCAAGCCACUGUGAACCGAGAAUUCCGUGAGCAGAUGGCAGUCUGGCUGCCUAAGGAGGAACUUCCAUCUGGCUGGUUCCCAGCCCCGCCUGGCGUCAUGGCCAACGCAACCAUCAAGGCAGCUGCUGCCGGCGCUCCGCCAAACGGCAACCGUCCGGUCUCGCCCACGCACCAACUGCCAUCCACGCCUGCCCCGGCACGCAGCCGCUCCACCCGAGAGUACAGUGGCAACGACACCGACGUUGCAAUCACACUUGGCGCCGUCGCCACAACGCUUGCCAAGCACCAGGCAGCGGAGGCAGCAGCCAGCAGCGAAUCUUCCUCCGCUUGCGGCGGACUAGACGGCAGCGACUCCCUUCUGGCUGCUCCCACCGGUAGCGACUGGAUCCCCGCACGCCGUACCGCACGCUUCUCGCAGCCGGGAACCGGGUCGGCAUCGGUAGCGGGCUCGCUUCGCAUGCGGCGGCGGGGCGCGUCUAGCAGCGGCAGCGGGGACCAGGCUGGCAAAUCGGUCCUGUUGUACGACGGAGGCGGCGACGCCGCCGUACCUGGGGGGGCGGGCCAGGUAGGGCCUGUGAGUCUGCCAGCCGGGUCGCAACGCUACACUGUGAACCUUUUCAAGAUGCUGCAGUCGACACAACAGCAGCAGCAGCAGGAGGUGGGCGGCGGUGGCGGGGGCGGGGGCUAUCAGCUGCUGACAAUACCCUCCGAAGAGCAUGAGGGAGCGGAUGACAGCGGAGGAGACAUGGACAGCGGAAAGAACGCGGAAGCGGAAUCCAGCAGCAGCAACUGCGGUCCUGUGGCUCUGGGCACCGGCUUCCGAGCACUCGCCGAGGAAGACCCAUGGGACGGUUUCAAGCCAAAAGCCCCCGUCCCCGCCCCUUCCUUUGAUGCCUCCAGCGCACGGUUCUCAACUAAAUCGAGUUUCCGCAGCGUCAGCAGCGGCGGCGGCGCCUUUGGGAUGCUGGGCAGCACCGCCGGAACCGCCUCCGUCCACCGCUCGGCGUCCUCCCAGGCCUCUACCCCGCGUCAUGGGUCCCGCAACUUGGGCCCCGCCAGCAGCAGGCCUUUCACGCGGUGCUCCUCCUCGGGUGCCACGGAUUCCUGUGCGCCCGCAACCGAGCCCAGCCACAGCCGCGCUACCUCCGCCUCGGGUGAGGAAGCCGCGCCGUCCGUGGCCUCCUUCGCCUGCUGCAGUGGACCAUGGGUCUCGCCAGCCCCUCCGAUGGACGCUGCACCACCCACAACAACAGCGACACGACGGGCGCCGACACACCGGGGUGUGCUUCACAGCCACCAUUUCCGGCAGCAGCAACAGGGUCAGCAACCCUCGCCGCUGCAGCAGCAGCAGCAGCAGCCAACCAGCAACAAGCUCCUACGUGGCAGCAGCAGCCGCAGCAGCCUUGCCUCUGCUCUCGGCGGCGCUGGCGCGGGCAUGCCGACCCCGGCCCUACGCAUGCCGAUCAGGAGUACCUCCGAACGCUCGCAACUGGGCGCCGCCGCUGCCUCCUCCGCCUCCGCCCUGCUCGGCACCUCUGGCAGCCCAGCGGCGAGCGAGAUCGGCUGCGGACCCAGCAGCCCCGCCGGCAGCAGCGGUAGGGAGCGAGGAACGCCAACUCGCUGCAUGCUGGCGCCUGUGUCCCCGCGGGAGUCAUCCGCCGGCUGCAGGCCGCAGCAAGAGGGCGCAGAGGCGCUUGAGUUGCCGUCGGGGGGGCUGUGUCCCCGGCCGCCGUUGAGCGGGCACCCGUCUUGGAGCGCUAAUCGGUGCCGGAUGGCACGCGAGGCAGCAGCGCAUGUGCCGUCGCCGCCGCCAGAGCUGUGCGAUGGAGGCAGCGGCGACAGCGGCGGCGGGAGCGGUGGUGGAAACGGAGGUGUUCAGAUGGAAGCCGAGGGGAUGGGGGCGUUGGUGUCUGAGGUAGCGCCAGCCAUGAAUCCCACCAUAUCUCCCGCACUUCUUGAUGUGGGGCCGUUACUGCCAUCGCUUUCACCACUACACGAGCUAGCGCUGGAGCUGGAGCAGGAGGCAGGCCUGCCUCCUCCUUCGCCGCCGCCGCAGCAGCAGCCGCAGCCACAGCCCCCUGCUCCUGCUGUCAUCGCCGCAUUCAGGGCCGAAGCAACCGCCCCAAGCAACAACAACACCAGCCCGCCGCAAUUCCAGCGACCCAGCAGCGCCCGGGGCGGUUCACAGCGGUCGCUGUUCACCAGGUCCCGCAUCACGCUCUGCAGCACACCUGAACCGCGUCCAAGCGACGACGGCAGCGCCAGUGAGAGCAGUGAAGCGCACAGCAGCGCCCCGAGCCCGAGAGCGGGGCUGCAAGGUGCACCGCGGACGUCGCUGCUCGCAUCAGCCGACGGCGGUGCCUUCGGAACCAUGAGACGUGCCGCAACACAGCAAGGGCAGCCGCCCUUGUCCUUGCCUUGCCCAGGCAGUCCCACCGCCGCUGCCGCCGCCGCCGCCGUCAGCUGCGGCAUGACAGAUGCAGCAAGCCCGACAACUGCGGAAGGCAGCGGUCCGCCGUCGCCCUGCCAGCUCUCCGGUCGGCUGUCACCCAGGCAGGGGCAGCAGCUGAACAACGCAGGCGCCCCGCCGGCUCCCAACCGGAGCUCCUCUUCGUCAUCCCUUCAGCCGACGCGGUUAUCCAACCCCGGUUUCAGCUCCACCAAUGCCCCCGCCUCCGCCUCCGCCAACAACGCCGCUAGCGUAAACGCGGCAAACGCACCCACGGCCGUGGCCACGAUCACGCCGCUCUUUGUCCGGCGUGCUCCGACCGACGCAUCCGAGCAACCAUCCGCGGCUUUGCGAGCCUUCCCGGCGGCCGCGCCUCGUCCUGCCAGCGCGUGCAGUCGUGUAUGGGCGGUGAAGGACGACGCCCCGCCGGCGGUCAUGCGACUGGAGCAGCAGCAGCAGCGCACGAGCCUAGCCCGCGCUAGGCGGAACAGCACCACGGGGGCGCUGUUUGCUAGUGCGACGGAGGUUCCCGAGGUGUUUGGGACGGCGAUGUCGAUCCGUCGCGGCACCAGUGGCGGCAGCGCUGCGAGUGCAGCUCUGGUACCCAGCAGGCCAGUGGCGGCAGGGGCGGGCGCAGGCGCGGAGGAGCGGGGCGCUAGCGGUGGGGUAAGCGGCUUGUCCAGCAAGGUAGAGGCUACUUCGUUGCUUUUCAUGCCGAAUGCCGGGAAUGACGUGCGGUUUGGCGUGGGCAUGUUGUCGCACCAAAAGAGGGGGCCGACGCCAAUCGUGAAGCGUACAUUGGAUAUUUAGGCAGGCGGAUGUUGCAGGUGGUGUCUUGCUGGUGUCGUGCGGGAGGAGUGAGCGGGUUGAGUGGUUGUGUAUGCGUGUCGGAAUGUGUUUGGGUGGUUUGCUGUGUCGAUGUGGGACAGGAAGCCAGGGCUUCAGCCGGGUGAGGAGGUGUAACUCUAGGACUGCGUGCCACAAUAAAGCCGAUUUCGUGCUUCCGUGGGAACUUUGGGAAGCUCGAGUGGAAAGUUUCGUGGGGUUAAGGAUGGGGCCGUGGGUGGAUGGUCAGCAUAUCCAGCUAAGUGUGAUUAAUAGGUGUGCGAGUGUGGUGUUAUUCAGGUGUGGUAUAGCUGCCCUAUUUACUGCACCCCUGGGAAGGGUGUGCAAAUGCGGCGGUUGGCGGCUAGUCGUUAGCAUAUGUUGCGCUAGCUAGUCACUUUCUGACGAUGGUAGGCCCCUUGGUAGCGCCCAAGCGAGGUGCGGUGACGUACCAGAAUCAUGCAAAAUACGAACCAUUAAUGCUAUGAGGUGUGCCAUGGAUUAUGACACGUGCAAUGGACCCUCCUGACUGUUUUUGACACGCGGGCGUUCUUUACCUUUCACAACUUGCAUUUAUGAUGUGCUCGGCCCGUAUUUUGUUGCCUUGCUUCUUCACGGUCCGGUGCGGACUGGUAGGCGUCAGGAUUGAAGAGGGGCAACUGGUGGCGAGCUGAGCCGGGUGAACAUGAUCUCGGUAAUGGGCCAACCUCUUGAUACCUUAUGUCGGCAUCUUCCUAUCCAAGUUUUUUUCCGAGCGAACAAACACAGACCAUGAUACAACAGGGGUGUUGGCUGCUUCUCUCUGUGUUGCUGCCAUUUCCUUUGUGCUGCUGGAGUUGGUAUGCAGUGGUAUUUACUUGGUGCACGGCUUCCGGGUGUCUCGCCUGCAAUUGCAUGGCGCAUGGGUAUAUGGAGCAUCAAACCAGCACUUUUGAGGCAUUUUCAAUCGGGUGAAUGAGCUG